AGUUUUUGAAUUUUCAUCUUUCAAAUUAUCUUCUUCAACUCUUUUGGUAUUAAAUAUCAAGGUUCAAAGCUUUCAUAUCUGUCUUUAUCGUCUUAAUGGUCAUUUCAAUCAGCUUCAUACAUUCUAUAUUGAAUUGACUCCUAUACAUCGUCCAGACAAAGAAAUUGAAAAUCAAUGUUUUUCUUUAUCAUGUGUCUUGGAAACGACAUCUUACGAUGAAUUAAUUUUACCACUUUUUUAUCGAAUGUCAAAUUUAGAAAAACUUGACGUAUAUCUUUCCAUCUUUGUUCUUGAAAAAUUUAUUGAUGGAAACAAUUUGAAGAAAAAUAUUCUUAAUCGUAUGUCACAAUUAAAUCAAUUUUCAUUUCAUAUUCGUUCUUAUAUAACAAAUCAUUUUCCAGGUGGAUUAUAUCCAUAUGUUCGUGUAGUAUCAUUAUAUGAUGAAUAUCCUUUUGAACAUGAAUUUCUCAAUCAUUUUCAUUUAUGGAAAACUUAA